CCUACAUCUGCCGCGUAAAUAUUUCCACCAUCGCGUUUUUUUUUUUUUUUUUUUAAUGCAUUUUAACGGGCGUAUUUGUUGCCCCUCAGCUGUUUUUGUCUGAAUGUAUUGAGCCGAGAGCUCGGUCAGGCUUUGACGAAACACAGCGGUAUUUUUUACGGAAUACAUUUUGCUGCUCAGUGGUUGCGUGACAGCCAGCGGCUCAACGCCAGUUUUGACGUGAUAUGCUGCUAUUAUUGCUUGCCUCGUUUUUUUUCCUCCCAAUUUUAUUAUCGUUGUCAUUUAUGUGAAAAGGCCAGCCUCGUUUGCCGUGUCGUGUAACGGAGGAGGGGGGGGAAGAAGCGAGUUGGCUAAAUUGUCAGGUUUCGUUAGCAAAGCUCGGUUAGCAUGUUAGCUAGCUACAGUAUGUGGGUUGCUCUCCCGGUUGUAUAACGAACACCUGUGGCACACACGCUGGUGCUUUAUUUACUGCUUUUUCGAGUAAUUCGCUCGGUUCAAAUGCGCUAUUCGGUCGCGCCGCGAUGCUAUUCGAGCGUGUUUAUUCACAAGAAUGCCUCAAUGAAGUAAAAGCUAAGCUACGAGGAUUACUGUACAGUAGGUCAUGGCAGCGCUUCCCAAAGUGGAGCCACUCCAGGGUCAAGAAAAUGGUUCCAACGAACAUUGACAGUAUUUCACCAGUCUCGUUCAAAGCGUAGCUCGAAAGAUUGCUCGUUUGUUGCCAGUGCAAGCAGCACACUUUGACCUUCCGUUAUUGAAAUAAUAGAUUCAGAUUUGAAACAAGCUAGUGCCUUAUUUGUACAGUAGUCGUAGAAAAAAAGGUGAAGUUGUAAUCGUGAAGGAAAUGGAUUUCUACUGCAAGGGUCCCAGUAUCGUCAGGUUGGAAAAUGCGAGGUGUGGCUCACGCAAAAAAGAUCUGUAAGCACUCAGGAGAAUAGCCUCUAAAACAACAAGCUCUGCCUCAAAGGGGCAUUCCAGUGACUGCGUUUGGGUGACCACCAUGUCUUUCCCGCGGUCUGGUGACCCCUGACGACCCCCUGGCUCUGACCCUUGACCCUAUCCUCAUUAAGCCCCUGAAGAAAGAUAUUAACUCACGCCGUGCAUGAGCUGUAGUGGGGUGGACUUCCAAAUGCCUACCUCACGGCUAAAGAGCAAGUCACCACAACCGCAGCCCUGAUCAGCAGCCACCAUGACAUCAAGCAUUGGGGAUGAUUGUAGCAUCUUUGAUGGAUUGAUGGAAGAAGAUGAAAAGGACAAAGCAAAACGCGUGUCCCGUAACAAGUCUGAGAAGAAACGGAGAGAUCAGUUCAAUGUCCUCAUCAAGGAGCUUGGCACCAUGUUGCCAGGCAACACCAGGAAGAUGGACAAGUCCACGAUCCUGCAGAAAAGUAUCGACUUCCUGUGUAAACACAAAGAAAUCGCUGCCCAGUCUGAGUCCAGUGAGAUCAGACAGGACUGGAAGCCGCCAUUUCUCAGCAAUGAGGAGUUCACCCAGCUCAUGUUGGAGGCUCUGGAUGGCUUCUUCAUAGCAAUAAUGACUGACGGGAAUAUCCUCUAUGUGUCAGAGAGCGUCACCUCAUUACUGGAACACCUUCCUGCAGACCUGGUGGACCAGAACUUGUUAAACUUCCUGCCAGUUGGAGAACACUCAGAAGUGUACAAAGCCCUGUCCACACACCCAAAUGACCCAGAGAGCCUGACGUCAGAUUAUUUGAAGAGUAAGAACUACAUGGAAUUCUGCUGUCAUAUGCUCCGAGGGUCCAUUGACCCAAAAGAACCUCCGAUCUACGAAUAUGUGAGCUUCAUCGGAAAUUUUAAGUCGCUCAAUAAUGUUCCAAAUGUGACGAGGAACGGUCUGGCAGGAGUGCUGCAGCGCUCGCUACAGCCGGCCUUUGACGACCAAGUGUGCUUUGUGGCUACUGUACGGCUCACUAAACCUCAGUUUAUAAAGGAAAUGUGCACAGUGGAAGAGCCCAAUGAAGAAUUCACAUCGAGGCACAGUCUGGAAUGGAAGUUCCUCUUUCUAGACCACAGAGCUCCACCAAUAAUUGGCUACUUACCAUUUGAGGUUCUGGGAACUUCAGGGUACGACUAUUAUCACGUGGACGAUCUGGAGACGCUUGCUAAGUGCCAUGAACACUUGAUGCAGUACGGUAAAGGGAAGUCUUGUUACUACCGUUUCCUGACUAAAGGUCAACAGUGGAUAUGGCUGCAGACGCACUACUACAUCACCUAUCACCAGUGGAAUUCUCGGCCCGAGUUUAUUGUCUGCACACACACAGUGGUCAGCUAUGCAGAAGUGAGGGCAGAACAGAGAAGGGAGCUGGGGAUUGAAGAGUCCAAACCAGAGGUCACUAUGGAUAAGACCCAGGACUCUGGUUCAGAGCUCAACACAUCCAGCCUAAAGGAGGCAUUAGAAAGGUUUGACCACAGCCGAACACCCUCAACGUCUUCACGAAGUUCCCGCAAGUCUUCAUCGCACGUAUCUGACAACACUUGCACUUCCUCCAAGCUACAUAUGGAUACAGCCACGCCUCCACGACAGUCCCUGGCCUCAACCAUGGAGGUCACGUCACAGCGUCGCUCAUCCAUCAGCAGCCAGCAGUCCAUGAGCUCUCAGACGACUGGCCAGAGUGUGACCCCAAGUAUGAUCACUCAACAACAGCAGCAGCAGCAGCAGCAACAACAACAGCAGCAACAACAACAACAACAACAACAGCAACAACAACAGCAGCAGCAGCAACAACAACAACAACCACAGCAACUGCAGUCAAAUGUACAGCCGAUGAUGGAAUUCUCUGCGCAGGUGAAUGCUAUGCAGCAUCUAAAGGAGCAGCUUGAACAAAGGACCAGAAUGAUACAGGCCAACAUUCAACGGCAGCAGGAGGAACUGAGGAACAUCCAGGAACAGCUCCAGCGGGUCCAGGGCCAGGGUAUCCAGAUGUUGUUGCAGCAGCAGCAGCAGGGUGGCGCAAUGAACGUGCAGCUCCCCCAGGUGGCGCCGGUCCAUCAGGCGACCCCUCUGAGCAAUCAGGUCCAGCAAACUGGGAUUAACCCCGUGCAUUCCGGAACGCAGCAGCUCACCAUCCAGCAGCAAACCCCUCCCACUCAACAGAGUCUUCAGCAGCAGACCCAGCGGCAGUCUCAGCAACCGCCCCAAGCUCAGGCCCAGCCGCCGAACUCAGUGCCGACCCAACUGUACAACACCAUGAUGAUCUCCCAGCCGGCGCAGCACAACGUGCUCCAGAUCAGCACCAGUAUGCCGCAGAACAACACGCAGCAAGGCGCCGCCGUGGCCACGUUCACACAGGACCGCCAGAUCCGUUUUCCAGCAGGGCAGCAGCUGGUGACCAAACUUGUAACAGCUCCAAUGGCGUGCGGCGCUGUCAUGGUGCCGACCUCCAUGUUUAUGGGUCAGGUGGUUACUGCGUACAACCCCUUUGGUGGGCAACAGCAGGGAGGACAAACCCAGACACUGACUCUCCAACCAGCGCAACCUCCCCAGGGUCAGACGGACGGGUCCAACCAGACGACUGUAGUGGCGCAAAGUGGCCAGCAGGGGCAGCAGCAGCAACAGCAGCAAUUCCUACAGGGCACUCGUCUUCUCCAUAGUAACCAGUCCACCCAGCUGAUUCUGCAGGCAGCUUUCCCACUUCAGCAGCAGGGUUCCUUCGCCCAGACAACUCAUCAACAGCAGCAGCAGCAGCAACAACAACAACAACAGUCACAACAACGGCAACAGCAGCAGCAGCAGCAGCAACCACAAUCCCACCACCAGAGGCAUCAGCAGCAGCUCAAACCUCAUCCCCAGAAACAGCAGAAAGCGCCAUCGUCGCACAGGACUGACAGCGUCACCAGCCAACCGCAGUAAGGUUCCCGAGGGCAAAGCAGCACUUAGUUGGAAAAGGAAGGAAGGAAAAAAAAAAAAAAUGCCGAGGGCCUGCGGCAUACAUUUCUUUUAGCUGUGUGGCGGGCCGGCAAACCCGUCGUGCUGAAAAGUGUGAUCACAGGAACGAGGAAAUCUGCGACUCCGCGAGGAUCUCACGAAAGAGGAUCGCCGGGAACGAGCGGGACAAAUGAACCCCGGCGAGCUUCCGGUUUUGUCCCGGAAGGGGGGCUCGUGAGUCCGGGGACUGUGACAAAGACACCCGCAUCGCCACAGUAACCGAAGACUGUUGGAGGUGUGUCAAAGUGGACUAACCUUGUACAAAUUUCCUGUAUGAUAUUAAGAAAAAAGUGUAAAUAUCCAAUAUAGCCUAACAGGAAACAGAAAUGUAGUAUUUUAUAUGAUUGCAUGGAAAGAAUAACUGUGUAAGCUUUUAUUAGUCGCUUUUGAAAAUUUUUACUUUCUUCAAAGUGUUUCCUGACGUGGUGACGAAACUCCUCUGAUGAACCUCCCCCUCCUCCCUCCCCCCCGCACCCCCUCUCACGUUCUCACAAAAGUCCACUAUUAGCUUUGAAUAGUUGGGGGGGAGGGGAUAACAAAAUGAAGUGAGGUUUUGUUUUUGUUUUUUUAACUUUAAGUGUGCAACUCAAGUGUUUUUAAGCACUGUGACAUUAGUCCUUUGACACUGCCUGUUAAAGCCGCUUCCCCCCCAGGUGGCUUUCUUCUCCAAAGGGCGCAGGCACGGAGCGGCGGGGAGGACCAAGUCCGGCCCCACCCUCACGAGUAACAUCAGAGCCGUAACAAGAGGUGGCACGCCAGCUGUGUUUAAUGGAAGUCUUCAACGCCAGGUACAACGCGAUGUUGCGUCGAAAGCAACUGCCGCUGUCGCGGAUCCAAUUUUGCUAACGCGGGAUGCUCAGACACGGCGCGAAAGGCCGUACAGGCAAACAAACGCUCGCCUUCUGUUCCGGCUCUGAUCGGGAAAUUUCUCUUUUUUUUUUUUUUUUCUUGCAGGAUUUCUGUGUAACAGAGUCUGCUGACAUAAAAAUGUCAUUAAUGUUUAUUUUUUUUUUUUUAUAACUCUUUGACACACACACACACACACAAAAAAAGAUAUUGAAUCCAGUCUAACUGAACUAUUUGCGGGAUGAUCGCCGCACGUAUUCCAAGUGCCAAUCGCGUAAUCCAGUUUGUUUGAAUUCCCGACGACAAAGGCGUCCAUAGAAAAAUGUGUAUUUUCCAACAAGAGCUAACCCCCAAUAACGAUGAUGAUGAUGCGUGCGUGUAUAUAUAUAUAUGUAGAAGGGAUUAUUUUUGAACAGUCAAGAGAGCCCUAUACGUAACAGAACAGUAUAUCCUCAUGAAACUUUAGCACUUGAUGUGGUUGUGUACAGUAAAUCACUGACCGAGAUCCCAGUCGCUUGUCACUCGUUGUGUGAGAAGUGCGUGCAUGUGUGCGUGUCUUACAGUAAUCGAUUUAGUAAGGGUUUGAAGUUACCGAAUGGUACUUGUACUCUCAGGAAUGUGGAAAGUUUUGCUUCUGCCUCAGUCUGGAACCAGACCCGGAAGUGUCAAACUGUGCUGCUGUAAAGACCAGAGGCUGCAAUUUAAAAAAAAAAAAAAAAAGAGAGUCACAAGGAGUGUGGUGACCGAUGAUGAUGAUGAUGACGAUAACCGUGAUAUGACCCACAUUCUUGAACCGAACAAACGGUUUUUUGGGACCCGCAAAGCUCGACAUAGGAUGUUUGCCUCCUGGCCUUGUGCUCCAUCACAGUUUAACCCUUCCCUUCCUCGUUGGGCCUCAGAAAAACCAUCAUGCAGUUCACUACAAUUGUGCGUCAGUUCUCAAGCAGCAGUAAAAAAAAAAAAAAAAACCAGGACCAGGUCUAUGUGGACCUCCUCACUUCACUUGUAAGCCAUAUCAAACGCAAAAGCCUCGGUUUGGAGGAAGUGUCGACGUUUGGCGUAGGAGCAAGUUUGUUUUUAUGUUUUGUUUUCAGAAUGUGUUUGGGUGGAACCUUCAAAGUCAAACUUCCAAGUUGUCCUUAUUUCAAAACUUUUUUUCCACGUGGGAAAUCGCGUAAGCCAAAUCGUUUUACUCAAACAGUCCUUCACAAUACCCUGGUUGUACCUACGCCUGUUUUUUUUUGUUUUGUUUUUAAUACUAAAAUUCUCACAUUCCUAGUGUAACCACUGUAAUGCAAAACUAAGGUAAUGUUUUAUUACAACGUUUUCCUAAGAUUUCAGUCUUCCAGCGCACAUGGCUUAAAAACAUGAAGCAUUUAUUCAUUGUCACGCUAACAUUUAUGCAUUUGAUUCAAAAAAAAAAAAAAUCAGAACAAUUAUUGUCAUCACUGAUAGUGUUGUAGCAUCAAAAAAAAAGGGGGGGGGGUGUGCGGGCAGUUUGACAUUUAAAGAUAUUUUUCUAACAAAUGUUUGACUUUGGAUGUUCCACUGUGUUGCUUUUUCGUGUGCAUGGGUGCUCGUGCGGUGACGAUAAGCGUCUCCUGUUCCCCGAGUUGUUCUCGUAUUUCUCGGGGGGUGUCGGUUGCCCCUGGCGAUAGCCAAUCAGUUCUUGCGUUGCAGUAUCAAGAAAAUUGUCAUAUUCAAGGAACUUUCCUCGCCGGUUGGGCUCAGUGUUCUGAAAGCCCGUGUGUGGGACUGCUCAACUUGAAUUAGUGUGCAUGCGUGUGUGUGUGUGUGUGUUUUUGUGAGAGGGUGUGAACGUUUGUGCAAGCAUGCUUAACGUGUUGCUGUCAAUUCAUGUUCUUUUCAUAUGGAAGUAGACGUGUGAGUGGGGGAAAACACAAAUGGAUGUUUGUAGGCAAUGCAGCACACGAGGUCCCCCCAGACCCAAAUCCCCACCCGCAACCUCGAGUUGUAAAAUGACUGACGGCCCAACACUUCCCACCGUAUCCUUUAGAACCGAUUUGCGAACAGAUCCUACCUGCAACUUUGACCCGCCCACCUCAUAGCAGACAUGUUGUAGAUGUUCUUUGAAGCGUGAUGCCGACCUCUUCCUCUUUUUUUUUUUUUUUUUUUUUUUUUUUGACUGUGUGUCACUGAUCAAGCCAGCCCAAAGAAUGUACAGUAGGCCUAUAGAUGUCUUUCUUAUUUUUGAAAAGAGACGAAUGGAUGUUGUCGAUUACGUGCGAGAAGGUAAAGGUGCGGAAACUACGAGAUGUUUCUUGCACAAAAAUCUAGAUGAGAAUUAUAAUGGUCAGGUUUAACAUUAUAAAAAAAGCUCUGAAUAUUAAUUUUUUUUUUUUUUUUUUAACUCCCCAAUCAAAUUGUGGUGUAUUAUAUUUGAAAUGACAGACGGGUGCCCCCUCCCUUUCAGACCGACCUCCCCACGACAAAUUGGUUUUCGAAAAACCUUCUGUAAUACUGUACACAAAAGACAACCGUAUUCAGUGUAAAACGGUGCUAUGCUUUCUUGUACUGUAUGUACCCUGUAUGUAUAUCCCUGUGCUCCUUUUAUCUACCCCAAAGUCAGAUGUUAUAAUAAUAAUAAUAAUAAUCAAUAUUUUGAAGAAAAAAAAAAUGCUAUUGUUAUUAUAACCCCCACCACCCCACCCUCCUCCUCUUGGUCAAUUUGAAAAUAAACACAGCUGCGAAUAUGAUA